AUGUCCUCCUCUGAAGAAAAGGACGUGAAUUCCAAAUCACAUAAUGAUGACACGAACUCAUUUGCUGAUUCAUUACAAUCAUUCGAAGCUGGUAAUGCAGCUAUCGAUGAAAACAUGGGUGCUCAUUCUCAAUUAUCCCGUCAUUUGACCAAUAUCUUAUCUAAUGAAGAUGGUAUUGAAAGAUUAGAAUCCAUGGCUAGAAUCAUUUCUACAAAGACAAAGAAGGAAAUGGAUGCCUUCGAAGUCAACGAAUUAGACUUUGAUUUGAGAUCUCUUUUGAACUAUUUGAGAUCUCGUCAACUAGAACAAGGUAUCGAACCUGGUGAUUCAGGUGUCGCAUUCAGAAAUUUAACAUCUAUCGGUGUUGAUGCCUCUGCCGCCUACGGUCCAAGUGUGGAAGAAAUGGCUAGAGAUAUGGUUAAUUUCCCUAAACAUUUAAUGAACAUCUUUAAGAAGAAGGGUGACGUUCCAUUAAGAAAUAUCAUUCAAAACUGUACCGGUGUGGUCGAAUCUGGUGAAAUGCUUUUCGUCGUCGGUAGACCAGGUGCCGGUUGUUCCACUUUACUAAAGACUAUCUCUGGUGAAACUUCUGAUAUGGUCGAAGUCCAAGGUGAUUUCUCAUAUGAUGGGUUAGAUCAAGCUGAAAUGAUGAGUAAAUAUAAAGGUUACGUCGUUUACUGUCCAGAAUUAGAUUUCCAUUUCCCAAAGAUUACCGUUAAGGAAACUAUCGAUUUCGCUUUGAAAUGUAAGACACCACGUACUAGAAUUGAUAAUAUGUCAAGAGCAGAAUAUGUGGAUUCUCUAAGAGAUAUGUGGUGUACUGUCUUCGGUUUAAGACAUACUUAUGCUACUAAGGUCGGUAACGAUUUCGUUAGAGGUGUUUCAGGUGGUGAACGUAAGCGUGUUUCUCUAGUGGAAGCCCAAGCUAUGGGUGCCUCCAUCUAUUCAUGGGAUAACGCUACUAGAGGUUUAGAUGCUUCUACUGCUUUAGAAUUCGCUCAAGCUAUCAGAACUGCUACAAAUAUGAUGAAUAAUUCUGCCAUUGUUGCCAUUUAUCAAGCUGGUGAAAAUAUUUAUGAAUUAUUCGAUAAGGCUACUGUGUUAUACAAUGGUAGACAAAUUUUCUUUGGUCCUGGUGAUAAAGCCGUUGAAUAUUUCGAAAGAAUGGGUUGGGUUAAGCCAAAUAGAAUGACAUCAGCUGAAUUCUUAACCUCGGUUACUGUGGAUUUCGAAAAUAGAACUUUAGAUAUUAAACCAGGUUAUGAAGAUAAAGUACCAAAAUCUGGUGCUGAAUUUGAAACUUACUGGUUGAAUUCUCCAGAAUACCAAGAAGUUCUAAGAGAAUACGAAGAUUACCAUCAAAGACAUUCUCCUGAGGAAACUAGAGAUAGAUUGGAAGUUGCCAAGAAACAAAGAUUACAAUCAGGUGCUCGUGCCUCUUCUCAAUUCGUUGUUAACUACUGGUCUCAAGUUUAUUACUGUAUGAUUCGUGGGUUCCAAAGAGUUAAAGGUGAUUCCACAUAUACAAAGGUUUAUCUAUCUUCUUUCUUAAUUAAAGGUUUGAUUGUCGGUUCUAUGUUCCAUAAUAUUGAUAAUAAGAAACAAUCUACUACCGCUGGUGCUUACUCUCGUGGUGGUUUGUUAUUUUAUGUUUUGUUAUUUGCCUCUGUUACAUCCUUAGCUGAAAUUGGUAACUCUUUUGCUAGUAGACCAAUUAUCGUUAAGCAUAGAUCUUAUUCCAUGUACCAUCUUUCUGCUGAAUCUUUACAAGAAAUUAUCACUGAAUUUCCAACUAAAUUUGUUGCCGUUUUAAUUUUGUCUUUAGUCAGUUAUUGGAUUCCUGUCUUGAAAUAUGAAGCAGGUGCCUUCUUCCAAUAUAUGCUUUAUUUGUUAACUGUUCAACAAUGUACUUCUUUCAUUUUCAAAUUCGUUGCCACUACUACAACUGAUGGUGUCACUGCACAUGCUAUUGGUGGUCUUUACGUUUUGAUUCUUUGUAUCUACGCCGGUUUUGUUUUACCAAUGGGUCAAAUGCAUCAUUGGAUUAAAUGGAUUCAUUUCAUUAAUCCUUUGAAUUAUGCUUUCGAAAGUUUAAUGGCUACAGAAUUCCACGGUAGAGAAAUGUUAUGUUCCCAGAUGGUGCCAAAUGGUCCAGGUUACGAAAAUGUUUCCAUUUCAAAUCAAAUCUGUAACUUUGUUGGUGCUGUUAAGGGUAACUUAUAUGUUAGUGGUGAUACUUAUAUUGACAAGAACUUCCAUUUCGGUUAUGAUCAUGCUUGGAGAAACUGGGGUAUUAACGUCGUCUGGACUGCCUUCUACAUUGUCCUUAACGUUGUCUUAUCUGAAUACUUGAAACCUUUAUCUGGUGGUGGUGAUCUGUUAUUGUUUAAGAGAGGUCAUAUGCCAACUUUCGGUACUGAAAAUGCUGAUGCCAAGACUGCUACCAGAGAAGAAAUGAUGGAAGCUUUGAAUGGUCCAGAUGUUGAUUUGGAAAAAGUUAUUGCUGCUAAGGAUGUUUUCACAUGGAACCAUUUGGACUACACUAUUCCAUACGAUGGUGCUACUAGAAAAUUACUAUCUGAUGUCUUUGGUUAUGUUAAGCCUGGUAAGAUGACUGCCUUAAUGGGUGAAUCUGGUGCCGGUAAGACUACUUUGUUAAAUGUUUUAGCUCAAAGAAUUAAUAUGGGUGUUAUUACUGGUGAUAUGUUUGUUAAUGCUAAACCAUUACCUGCUUCUUUCAAUAGAUCCUGUGGGUACGUUGCUCAAGCUGAUAACCAUAUGGCUGAAUUAUCUGUUAGAGAAUCUUUAAGAUUUGCCGCUCAAUUAAGACAACCAAAAUCCGUUCCAAUGGAAGAAAAGAUGGAGUACGUCGAAAAGAUUAUUACAUUAUUAGGUAUGCAAAACUAUGCUGAAGCUUUAGUUGGUAAGACUGGUAGAGGUUUAAAUGUCGAGCAAAGAAAGAAAUUGUCUAUUGGUGUUGAAUUGGUUGCUAAACCAUCUUUAUUGUUAUUCUUGGAUGAACCUACUUCUGGUUUGGAUUCUCAAUCCGCUUGGUCUAUCGUUCAAUUUAUGAGAGCUUUGGCUGAUUCUGGUCAAUCCAUCUUGUGUACUAUCCAUCAACCUUCUGCUACUUUAUUCGAACAAUUUGAUAGAUUAUUAUUAUUGAAGAAAGGUGGUAAGAUGGUUUACUUUGGUGACAUUGGUGAAAAUUCCCAAACAUUGUUAAGUUAUUUCGAACGUCAAUCUGGUGUUAAAUGUGGUAUUUCUGAAAACCCUGCUGAAUAUAUUUUGAACUGUAUCGGUGCUGGUGCUACUGCCAGUGCUGCUGCUGACUGGCAUGAUCUAUGGUUAGAAUCUCCUGAAUGUGCUGCAGCAAGAGAAGAAGUUGAAGAACUUCACCGUGUUCUCCCAAGUAGACCAACAAGUGAUGAUCCUGAAUUGGCUGGUACCUUUGCUGCUUCUUUCCUAACUCAAAUGAAAUGUGUCUUGAACAGAACUAAUAUUCAAUUUUGGAGAUCUCCUAUCUAUAUUAGAGCUAAGUUCUUAGAAUGUGUCUCAUGUGCUUUGUUUAUCGGUUUAUCUUAUUUGAAUGUCAAACAUACUGUCGGUGGUGCUACUUCUGCUUUCUCUUCUAUGUUUAUGGUUUUAGUUAUUGCCUUGGCUAUGAUUAAUCAAUUGCAUGUCUUUGCUUAUGAUAGUAGAGAAUUAUACGAAGUUAGGGAAGCUGCUUCUAAUACUUUCCAUUGGAGUGUCUUGUUACUAUGUCAUAUGAUUGUUGAAUGUGGUUGGACCAUGAUCUGUCAAUUCUGUUGUUACAUUUGUUACUACUGGCCUGCAGGUUUCAGUGGUAGAGCAUCUCACGCUGGUUUCUUCUUUUUCUUCUACGUUUUGAUUUUCCCAAUGUAUUUUGUUUCCUACGGUUUAUGGAUUUUAUACAUGUCUCCAGAUGUUCCAUCUGCUUCAAUGAUUAACUCCAAUUUAUUCGCAGCUAUGUUAUUAUUCUGUGGUAUCUUACAACCAUUAGCCAAGGCCCCAAGAUUCUGGAUCUUUAUGUUCCGUUUGUCUCCUCUAGGUUAUGUUGUUCAAGCUUUGGUCACACCUUUGGUUCAUAACAAGAAGGUCCGUUGUGAUGCUCAUGAAUUGUUAGUUAUGGACCCACCUUCCGGUCAAAAUUGUGGUGAAUAUCUUGAAACCUAUAUUAGUAACAAUACUGGGUAUUUGACUAAUCCAAGUGCUACCGAAAACUGUGGUUACUGUCCAUACACUAUCCAAGAUGAUGCUUUAGCAAGAUUUGAUAUCAAAUGGGUUUACAGAUGGAGAAACUUUGGUUUCAUGUGGGCUUUCAUUAUCUUCAACAUUGUUGCUAUGUUAGGUAGUUACUAUAUUAUGAGAGUCAAGGUUUGGUCUUUGAAAUCUGUCUUAGAUUUCAAGAGCUGGUUCAAUGGUCCAAGAAAGGAAAGACAUGAAAAAGAAUCCAACAUUUUCAAGGCAACCCCAGCUGACGAACAAAAGGUCAAGAAACAAUAA